AUUCUUUAGAUAUUAAUGCAUAUGGUAAUAAUGGCAAAUAUUAUAUUUUAUUAAUUAUUGCAAAUACAUUCUCAUAUGAAGAAAUUAAAGAAAACCUGAAGAUAUCUCAUGCUAUCAAUCGCUAUAUACAUUUGGGAUUUGAUAUUUCUGAAGGGCAGAACAUAGAAAAUGCUAUUCAAAAUAUUCGUGGUACUUCUGUAACAAAUUUAAAACUGAAUCGAGAUAGAGCAAGUAAUGGGAAAAAUUCUUUGCCUGGUAAUUCGAAUUGGUUUGAGUGGCAAUGGCCUAUUACAGGAAAGUUUGCUGAAUAUAUUUUGGCGCAUGCUAUUCCUAAUAUCAAAAAUUGGAAGAUAUUUUCACCUGCAGACUUAGAGAAAUUAUGCAAAAAGGAUAUUUAUAAACCCAACCCAGAGAUUUCUACUCAUACUACGCCUUGUUCUGACUGGGAAAUACCUAUUCCAAAUACUUCACCUAGUGAAGCAGACAAAAGUGAUCGCUAUACCGCGCAAGAUAUGUAUGAAGCUCUUCAGCAAAGGGUACUUGAGGGUAAAAUUGAGGCCGAAGCUAUUCCAAAA